UAAAUUAGUUGUAAAUACCAUACCUAUUCUCCCACAGACAAAAGAUUAUUUCUUUCCCUUUAUCCUCGCUAACACGGAAAACAAAACCCCAAAUUCCCUCAAUUAGGGUUCACUCCAAUUUCAAUUCCGAAACCUUCCAUUCUUCCAAUCCUCCAAAUCCCAAAACUUCCCCUCUAACAGAGUCCUCAAAUCUGACACGGCGAGCUCUCGCGGCUCGCGAUCUCCGACAAUGGCCAUGUGGAAAUUCCCACCCUCUCGCCACCGGUUCCUCGCAGCCGCGAUCACCGUCGUUGCACUUUGCAUGAUUCUACCCAUUUCGAUGGCGAGUCAGCAGCCACCGCUAAAAUUGUGCAUCCAAUCGACGCCGUCGUCGUGCCCCGUUAAGUGCUUCGUCGCCGACCCGGUGUGCGGCGCGGACGGCGUAACUUACUGGUGCGGUUGUGCUGAGGCAGCGUGCGCCGGCGUGGAGGUUGAGAGAAUGGGUCACUGUGUAGAGGGGAAUGGGGGAUCGGCACCGAUUCCUGGACAGGCUCUCCUCUUGGUGCACAUUGUUUGGCUCAUCUUGUUGGGGUUCUCCGUCUUGUUCGGUCUUUUUUAGUUUGACGGGGUUUGUGUAUGUAUCUUCCACCAUCAGAGACGGUGUUAUGGUUUUGGUUUUUUUUCAAUUCUUUGAGGUUCUUUUGUAAAUUAACCACACGGCUAUUCUUGUAUUGUAUGUAUGAUUAUUGCCAUUGUUGUUAUUAUUGUUGUAAUUCCAUGACUUUCUUCAUUGGUGGUGAUGCACCUUGUUGUGAAUUUAAUUCGAAUGCAGUUUCUAUAUAUAAUUGUUUGUUGGAA